CUAGUCAGUCCCGUUACAUUAAAAAUAUACGUGACCAUGUAAACGUAUUGAGCGAGUCCUAAUCUUUUUCAUUAUCUUUAUUUUAUUGCGUAUGUUAUUUAUAUAAGUGGAAUGUAUUAAACGAGAAUACGAACGGGAAAAUAUUAAUUUCACUUGAUACCGUUAUACGAUAAAGUGAUCCGUCGAUAACAAGUCUGAAUCGCUUGUCUCUUUUUUGUACAGAUGGCGCGAACGUGCGCUGAAUUUGAAUUGAUACGCGCUCUAUCUGCGACCGUGGUGGGGGUGGAUAACCACUAUGUCAGUGGGUGUACCUGAAAAAAUAUAAUUGACGUAGCAAUGAUGGAAUCAACAGCAUGGAACGCGAAAAAGGACGAAACAAUAUACAAAGCAGCAGGUUCAAUACUUUUGCGAAAAUAUGGUCAGUUUUUUGAGCAAUUGGCAGAGAAAACGUGGAAGGCUGAUUCCACGUUAGAAUAUUUCAUGGAGGGCCCUUUGCGGCUGGUGUACAAGCCUGUCGAGGAUGUUAGUAUUAUAUCUUUGACAAAAAUGGAGAACAAAUAUUUGGCGAAAUUACUUGCCGCCGUUGCCGCAGUUUGCAGAGAGAUCAGACUUCUUGAGGUAGAGGCUCAAUCUUUCUAUAAAAAGCUAUUUACACACGGGGAAAGAAAUGCUGAGAAUAAUCAAAAGAACAUUACGUCUCUUCUUUCUGACUUGCAAGACCUGUCCGUUUUCGUGAACAGGGUGUGGACCGUUGUUCAUUUAACAACCGAGCAACUGUCCAGUUUGUCUGGUAACACUAGCACUGUAAUAGUUUAUUUACCGGUACUAAUAGAACACUUCAUUGAUCUGUUCGUAAUUGUUCUGACCCUGGAUGAAAUCAUUGAAUCUCAACCAUCAUUGUUAGAGAAAUGGAAGAAAUAUAGAAUGAACGUACGUUCCAUUAUCCACAAUCCGUCACAGUUUGGUAUAAUGGAAUCAAAACUUCAUACGUUUGAUAAGUUACUGAAGUGUUUGCAAGAAAGUUUGUUGAAGAAGGGCAUUUUUUCUAAAACUAUUGAACGAGUGAUGGAUGUAAGUAAAGGUCCUAUGAUGAGCGAACAGAUUACUAAUUAUCUAAAAAACCUGAUUUUAGAUAUAGAAAACAAAUUUAACAAUAGUGCAACAUUGACCAAGAAUUGGAUCAGGGUAAAUAUCGGUCUUGUUGUGGCAAUAAAAUUGUUUGGUACCUGUGAUAAAAAAUUAAUUAAACGAGUGCUCGAGAACAACAAGAAAUUUUAUGCUGUUACUUUGAUUGGAAAUGUUAUUUGGAUACCCAGUAAAUUUUUGAGUGACUUUGUACCAAAAGAAGCUGCUAAUGCUAUUAGUCCGCAAAUAGGAGAGAAACUAUUGUCCUCUAGGACACAAAAACUAUCUCAGACUGUAAACAAUUUAAUUCAAAGAGCUGUUACAUGGUCCACUGAAAUACAGACUAUCUCAAUGAAGUCUAGUCUCCAAGUUUCAGACAUUGGACAAAAACAAUCUUUAUUGAUAGAUUUAAUUGUUUUGUUAUCCCAAAUUAAGGAAACUAUAUCUUUUAUAUUGAACAUGCAUGCAGCACUCAUUAAACCAAUGUAUCGUAAUACUGUUCAAUUGAUCUGUAGAUUAAUAGAAAUACAAAAGUCUUUACAGAAUAUGUUUUAUAUACUGGGACCAGUUAUAGUGCAAUCACAAAGUCAGGUGUUGCAAUACCUGAGCUACUGCAUUUUAAUUACAUUAGAAAACACACGGAAAAGUUUGAUCCAGAAAGACAAAGGUUACAGCAAAGAAAGACUGGACACUUUAUCCCUCAUAAACCUGAGCAUGAAAUUAUUAAAUGGACCAGCCAGCGCGGACAGAAGAUUAAUAAUCAGAUGUGCUUUAGCAUGUGCCAGCCAAUUAACGGAUACGUUUAAAGAGGAAGAUAUGCUGAAGUUAAGGUUCUUAUUAGACAGUUAUGAUACCAUUACCAAGUUACAUAAUAUUAUGAAUGAACUUUGCGACUAUUCUAUAUUAUUGCAUCACCAAAAUAUAAUCCCUGCAUACCUCUCUUCCGUAGCAGACAGUAAUUUGAAUAUAAGUCAUAUUGCUCAUUUAUUUGGUGCAUUCAAUAGUACUAUCAACGAACAGGAAGGAUCAGAUUUGAAAAGCAAGUGGAUCUUACAGUUGAAGGAGAUUUUAACAAAAAACAUAUUGGAACCCUCUUGUCUCGAGAUUGAGAAAAAUUUGAGACUGCAUGUUCAUGCACACUUGAAGUUAGACUCUACUAAUCCAUUUAAUAUUGGAGCAAAAGAUGGUGGAAGAGUAGUGGAAUCUUUACCGCUACCUUUGGCUAACAAUAUGAUAUAUGCCAAAAGGUUUAUUGAACAUUACCUCGAUAAUGUAUUUUACAAUCUCACCACAGUGGCUCUGCACGAUUGGAGAACUUAUCGUAUGAUGCAUGCUCUUGCUCAUUAUAAACUAAAUCUGAAUACUGUACAAAAUCACUUACCAACACAGACCUUGGAACAAGGUCUGGAUGCCUUAGAGAUUAUGAGAAACAUUCAUGUAUUUGUUUCAAAGUAUUUGUACAAUUUAAAUACUCAAACGUUUAUCGAACACACCAGCAACAACAAGCAUUUAAACACCAUUGGAAUUCGACAUAUAGCCAAUUCAAUUAGGACACAUGGUACCGGUAUUAUGAGUACAACAGUCAACUUUGUGUAUCAGUUCCUUCGCGUGAAACUGCAUACAUUUUCGCAGUUUCUUUUCGACGAGCAUAUAAAAUCCAGAUUAAUGAGAGACAUACGGUUCAUCAAGACUCAAAGAGAAAACGGUGCAACACCUUAUACAUAUGAAAGGGCAGAAAAAUUCCAGAAAGGGAUCAGAAAGCUUGGCAUGACGCCUGAUGGUUUGAGUUAUUUGGAUCAGUUUCGCCAAUUGAUAACUCAAAUUGGAAACGCAUUGGGAUACGUACGUUUGAUCAGAUCUGGUGGACUACACGCUAGUUCGAAUGCCAUCUCGUUUCUGCCAGACAUCAACUCGUCCGUGUCUUUCGAAGAAAUGUGCAAGGACUUGAAUUACAGCCCCAUAACUCAAGCAGCAGCUAGGUGCCUGGAAAAUGAUAUCGCAAGUCUGGUGCAGAACUUCACCAAGGGAAUACAAUACUUUAAACUUCUCGUCGACGUGUUCGCAUCUGCGUUCAGAGACACCGAGUCGCAUCAUUUACAACAAUUUUACGCUAUUGUACCCCCGUUAACGUUAAGUUUUGUGGAUAACUCGAUUUCAAAUAAAGAGAAAAUGUUUAAAAAAAACCAAACAGGUGCAGCAUUUACUGACGACGGUUUCGCAAUGGGGAUCGCGUACAUAAAUGCUCUUUUGAAUCAGUCGUUGGAGUUAGAUAGUUUGCAUUGGUUUAAAACAGUUGAGCAACAUCUGAGCAUAGAGAAGGAGAGAGCGGAGAGUAAAAGUGAUCAUGGCGACGAGAAAUUGCAACAAACCAGGGCAUUAACGUUGAAACGUUUGAAGGAGAGAAGCGCUGAGUUUCAGUUGCUCUAUUAUAGUUUGUCCGGGGCCAGAGUAUUCUUUAAACAGUCGGAUACGUAAUGGUAGAAGCGAGUGGUGCUUUAACGGUGCGCAUCGUCAGACUGUUAAUUAAUUUUAAAUUUAGCUUUAUUUUAUAUUGUACAUACACUACUGUUUCACGAACAUAAAAUUGUACAAUAUACAUGAUACUAUUGUAUGCUUUAUAAAACCAGCUUUAAACUAUUUUAUACGUUAUAAAUUUUAUUUUACUUUUGUAAUCCUUUUGUAACUUGAUCAUACGUCACAUAGUAAUGAGCGAAUAAAAGUAUAAGUUAACGAAUGAAAGAUAAAAAAGAAACAGAACGGUUUCUCGAAGGGGCAUUGAAAACAAUAUAAUUUGCUUUUUAUAUCUGUAUAUUUGAGCUCAGUAUUUGUAAUUUAUUUUCACGCCUGUGGCAUGUACUAUCAUAUUUGUAAAUAUUCUACCUAUGCUCAAUUAUAUAAAUGUUUCCUAUAUCAACAAUAUUGCAAUGCUCGAUACUUAUCGUUAAUUAAGUAAUGGCUAGAUGAACCGACUAGAAUUUAUUACACUUCCAGUUACAGCUGCGAAUAACUAAGUACUAAAGGACAAACGUGUACACAUUUGAAAUUAUCAUUAACGCGUAAAAUAAUGAAAGAAGAUGAUGAUCCCUUUCUCGUAUCAAGGAAUUGAAAAGUUCGUCCUUAUGUUACAAAUAAACUCUUACAUCGCCAAUAGACAGAACGCAAAGUCGCGAGUUUCUUAGCAGUCGUUUUCUUUAAAUACUUUGGCUAAAUUUUUUCACUAUGUUUAUUCAGUAUCUAUGAACAUUAUUUGCCUUAUACAUUAACAACAUUCGUUAAUCGCUACAAACAGUAAUGCCUUAAACAAAAAUAAAUUACUUAAAUCUUCCUAUGAAAAAAAGAAAAAACAGUUAU